AAGAGUGAGUAAACAAAACUUUGGGCGCCAAAAGAACCUUUUAGGGAAAACUGAAUCAGAAAGGUUUUUCAUACAGAAUUGGAAUGAAAAGUACUGAUAAAGCAUUAUAAUAGAAAAAAUAAAGCCGUGCAAAGGACAACAUAAGCAAGGAGAAGCUGAGCAGGUCACAAGGAGGUCAAGAAAUAUGCCGAGGAGUCCGUCUAAGAGAGGCCAGCGGGUGAAGGAGGAUGCCGCGGCCUCUGAGAGUGUCACCAAAAGUGUGCACAAGAUAGCCUUCGUCAGGGACUCCCUCCUCUCCUCCGCCAACACUGAGGUGGUGAGGCUGAGGAACCCCCACACGGACUCGGGCAGCAUGUACGUCGUCGACAAGGACAAGAAGGCGGUGCAUGAGAUCAUGGCCUUUGAUGAAGGGUUCAGGUGUUGGUUUAUCGGGCAGACAGUAGAGUCCCAUGGAAAGCUACACAUGAUUUCCCCGGUGGACGUCACCUAUCUCAUCCUUCCCUACCUGAUGAAGGCUUCCAGAAUUGUACCUCUUGAACAUUUACUGGAGGACGAGGAGUUUCCAGACCUCUCCUGCCUGGACUGUGUAGCUUCUGACAAGGAUUUUUCUCACGUAGCAGAUAAUAAAGGGACCUCUGACUUGAGAGCCUGGAAGUACAAUGAGCAGAGUACCCUGGAGUGGCUGUCUGGCAGAGUGUACCGCCUCUCCUCCCUCCUGCAGGAGAAGAAAGUGCCCACAUCCACUGCCCAGAGUCUCACUUAUAUCUGCCCUAUGAAUCCUGAGCAAGCCAAGGAAGCCUACACAGUCCUGGCACAUGGUAUCAUAUCAGAGUACAUCCCACCAGAGCUUGCCACAAAGCUUCACAAACACCUGAAGCUUCCUGAGAAGAGUGUGAAGCCUAAGGUGCUGGGAAGUGCAGAGAACCAGGGGGCCAAGAAGCAGAGGCUGGAGGGACCCACAGAUGACUAUAGCAAGGAUAACAUGGCUGGGGUGAAGGGCAAGGCGGCGAUGACAGCCAAGGAGAAAGCUUUAGCCAAGUCAGCUGUGGGUUCAAAAAGUAUCUUGUCGUUUUUUGGAAAGAAGUGAGGUUUGUUUUUUUUCUUGAUGAUGAUUGUCUUUCAUAUACAAACUUCAUUCGCCAUUUACUGUGUGUUGGGGGGUGUUCCAGGUGGGUGUUUAGCUUAAUUUUACUUUAUUAUUGUGUUUUGUUUAUUAUUGUUGUUUUUUUAGGGGUAGAUUCUCUCUCUCUCUCUCUCUCUCUCUCUCUCUCUCUCUCUCUCUCUCUCUCUCUCUCUCUCUCUCUCUCUCUCUCUCUCUCUCUCUCUCUCUCUCUCUCUCUCUCUCUCUUAUGAUUGUUUUUUUUAUAGAAACUUCAUUGAUCAUCACUUCAGAGGCUCCAGAUGGGUCAUUUAACCUAAUUUAACUUUAUUGUUGUGUUGUGGCGAUGUCUUGUCAUUUUCUGUAAUUUAUUUAUUUAUUUAUUCAUUCAUUUGUUUAUUUAUAUAUUUUUUUAUUUUGAUUUGAUUUUUUUUUUUUUCGUUAUUAUUUUUUAUAUAUAACCUUCAUCUGUCAUCUACUGCAGGGGCUCUUGAUGGGUCAUUUAACCUAAUUUAACCUCAUCAUUGUAUUGUGGAGAAGGUAUCUUGUUGUUUUUGGGGAAGUUGGUUUUUCUUAUUUUAUUAUAUAUGAACUUAAUCUGUCAUCCACCACAGAGGCCCCUGGAUGAUUAGUUUAGCCUAAUUUAACUUUAUCGUUAUGCCAUGCUCUCGUCUUUCGUCAGCGCCAGCCCAUGUCCAUCUGUCUGUUUGUCUGUCACAUCCAUCAGACACACUUUUUGUCAGUUUUAAGAAAUAUUUGUUCUAUAGAUUCAUAUUUUGUUUGUAUUCGAGAUGUCACCUUGCUCUGGCCAGGAGGUACACUGGUGCUGCUCCCUGUGUGUCGAGAACUGCAAGUAAUCUGGAUAGAGGGAAGUAGGGAGGGUAUCUAUCCUUACAGUGAGACCAGGCAUCUUGUCUUCACUCGGGACAUGUUCAGCCAGGUGUAGAGUGCUGAGCUGUUAUGUGAAAAAGUACAGAGUGGAAUAAAGUACAGUACUGACUUGUAACAUCCAUGCUUCUAACAAUUCUACAUCACAAACUUUGAGAAGAAUACAGCAUUAAUCUAUAAAAACUUAAAUUUAACAGUUUCUCAUCACAAACUAGGAAAAAAGUACAUCAAUGCUUUUAACAAUUGUACAUUACAAACUCAGGGAAGAAUACAGAAUUAACCUUCUAUAACAUCAUACGUUUAACAGUUCCUCAUGACAAACUAGGAAAAAAGGUACAAUAUUGGCUUAUAACAUCGUACAUUUAACAGUCCCUCAUCACAAACUAGGAAAAAAGUACAUUAUUGGCUUAUUAACAUCAUACAUUUAACAGUUCCUCAUGACAAACUCGGGGAAGAAUACCACACACUACUCUGCAACAUCCCAAGUUUAACAGUUCCUCAUCACAGACUAGGAAACAGGUACAGUAGUGACCUUCCAGAACACUCAUAUAUCAGACAAUUCCUCAUCACAUACUUAGAGAAAAAAAUACACCAAUGACCUUCUAUAACAAUACUUUUAACAAUCUCACAUCACACACUUGGGAAAAUACAUCAGUAGCCUUCCAUAAUACCAUACAUUUAACUUGACAAACUCUGGGAAGAAUGCACCAGUACCUUCUAUAACAUCCAUGCGUUUAACAGCCCCACUUAACAAACUAAAACACUUUCAAGACCUGUCAGCAAGAGGGAAGUUUAAAGACACGUCCCUUGUUUGAAAUAAUCCUUUUACCUGCUUAUUGUGAGACUGGCAGCUUCAGUGGGUCUUUUUCCUUUUAUUUCCUGUUUUUUUGUAGCCUUUGACCAGAUAAUAUAAUAGUAAUAAUAAUGAGAAGACAUUAAUUGGAGAGAACUUGUAUUAAAGAAACUACAAGAAAA